CCGGUGACGCGGUGCCCAUGGAGACGGGGAAAGGUUAGAGGUCAGGGGUGAUCCGGGCCUGCGCGAUGGCGCUGCCUGUGGCCGCCUCCGGCUCUCGCCGCCUGUUGCUGCUGUUGGCCCGCGGGGCCUGGAGCACCGUAGGCCGGGGCCUCACCUACAGCCAGGGCCAGAGCCCCGAGCCCAGCAUCCGAGAGUACUUCUACUACAUCGACCACCAGGGCCAGCUCUUCCUUGAUGACACAAAGGUGAAAAAUUUCAUCACCUGCUUUAAAGAUAAACAGUUUCUCGUUUUCUUCUUCAAGCAACUCAGGAAGAACUCUACCGGCCGCUACCAGGAGUUCCCCUAUGUGUCGCUGUGCGGCCGUGAGCGGAACUUUGUACGCUGUGAUGACCUUCCUGUUGUGUUCACCCACCUGAUCAAAGGUGAAGGCUCUGAGCAGGAGCUGCUGUCCUACUGUGGGGGUGGGGACAAGCUGGCUGUGCAGUUUGAACCUGAGCGGUUGUUCAUGCCGGAGAAUGGCCGAGUCUAUCACCCAGCCCCAGAGAGAUCAGGCGGGGUUGGGCUGGUUAAAUCCUCCCUGGCCUUUGAGCUCAGCCCUCAGUUCGAGUACAGCGAUGGUAGACCUGACAGCGGCCCACCAUCGCAUUUCCACUGGAACGGUCAGCGUUACAGACUGACCAACGAACUCUCCUCAAUCAUCAUGAGUAGAAAACCUGCCUAGCAGGGAUCUGGCUUCUUUGCUAAUGGGAGCUGACAUCGACAUGUAGCAAAGGUCAUACUGGAAUAUCAGAAAGAUAAAAUAUUGUAAUUAUGAUCCUGACCCCUUACUCAUUACCUCAAAGGCUGUGGGAAAGAAACUGUAAUUGACCAGCUUCUGGGGAAACUGUACAUCUCUGUAACCAGGGUUGGAGGGGGUAUUAAAUCACAACUCAUCUCCCUGUC